AUGGCUUGUUGUUAUAUUGCUGCCUUCUGCAUUAGCCAACUGGUCAAAGUCUAUCAAUUUCUUGAUGUCGACGAUGCUAUACGAUAUAAUGAAGACGAGCCCGAAUUACCCUACCCUACCAGCAAAUCCCCGAAUGGUGAAGACAUCAAAUGCGAGAAACGUAAUGCUUCUCUUGUUUUGUCGCUGUCGGGACUUACCUGCUCGGCUUGCUCAAGUGCAGUCGAGUCAGCAUUGAGAAGCCAUCCGGAUGUGGAUCAAGUACGAGUCUCGUUGGCGUUGCAACAGGCCACUUUGAUUGGGAAGACCGCUAGUUUCGACACUCAGUCAAUUACGAGACUCGUUACUGAUCUCGGAUAUGGCGCUGAGCUUGGACCGCGAUCGCCCCGGGAGGUAAUCCGUGUUCUCAAGUCUAAAGAAGAGAUUGCUAGGCUCAAAUCAAGUCUAUCCAGUCUCGCUGGGUGCGCAACAGUUAAUCAGACGAUUGCCUUCCUUAUCUCGGUUGGGCAAGACCGCAUACCAUCGGCUAUUCUUUUCAUAGCUCACCUGCUGUGUGCAGUACUCACUCUGUUUGCACAAUGGCAGUAUAUAUCGUGGAUUCACAAGGAUGGCUGGAAAGCGAUUUGUCGCUGGCAACCUAACAUGAACACUUUGGUCUCGUCCUCAAUUUCCCUUGGGACUUCUAUCUCAUUCAUAGAUCUCCUUACACAUGGGACCACCGGUGCAAACUCAUAUUAUACGACCGUCAUUGGCUUGGCUCUUGUGGUGGUUGCUGGCAGAUACAUCGAACUUAUGUCAAGGCGGACGACUUCCGAGGAUCUCCUGAGAGUGUACAAGCCGCUUACACAAAGCAAUUAUACAAGGCUUCACCCUACUGGAAAGGUUGUCCCUCAGAGUUAUCCCGCAGCCGGCGAUCAGAUUAUCAUCCCGCCUUAUUCUAUUAUCCCAUGCGAUUGCUACGUAGCAGAGGGCACAUCCUCCAUCAACCAAGCCCUUAUCACAGGAGAAGCACUGCCGGUCCGGAAAUCUGUGGGGGACUUUCUCCUGGGAGGAACACGAAACUUGGGUAAGGAGCUGGUGGCUGUUGUCGACAAAGAACAGGGAAAUUCGUUUUAUUCCCAGCUCGUGCAUGGCGCUGUUGAGGCAGCAGGUUCGAAGGACCAAGACAACCGAACAGUUGAUAUGGUAACGAAAUACUUGGUUGGGUUUGUCAUGUCACUGGCACUAGUCGUCCCCCUCAAGGAUAUCUACAUAUCUGCUGAAUUGCUGAGUUAUGAGGUGAUUCGAGUUGCGAUGGCUAGGGCGAUGACAAUACUUACAUGCGCAUGCCCUUGCGCCUUGGGAUUGGCCAUCCCUUCAGCAGUAGUUGCAGCAGUAGGCAUAGCAAGUCAAAACGGUCUUCUGAUCACCAGGGGUUACAACACUAUCCAGAAACUCAGCAGCACGCAGUCCAUCGUGUUUGAUAAGACUGGGACUCUGACACGAGCUGUGCUAGAUAUCACGGACUUCGAAACAACAGAAGCAUGGAAGAAACCAAUCACAGAGUUUUGGACUUAUAUCUGUGCUGCUGAGGAGGGAAGUGUCACGAGUCACCCGAUCGGUAGAGCCAUCUUUACCGCUGGAGUGAAUCAUCUUAAUGGGCCGUGGUCGGAAACGAAAUCGCUUAUCGAGUCGCGAAACAUUGCAAGUGAGUCGGGUAAGGGCGUUUCGGGAGAAGUCUCUUUAGGUCAAGAACCCUGGCGACGUGUUGAUAUUGGGAGCACGCGGUACUUGUUGUCUUGUGGCGUGUCUGAUCUCCCAGGGGUAUCUGAAGGACAAGACAGCGGUUUAAUAGCAGUAUACGUCGCUAUUGACAGAACGUAUGCUGGAACACUCUAUGUAACGGAUGCCGUGAGAGACGAUGCAGAGAAGACUAUCCAACGGCUCUACGAAAGGGGUUAUGCAACACAUUUGUUGACUGGCGACAUGCCUCAGUCCGCAAAUCGCAUUUCCCAGCAGUUGAAGAUACCGGUGCUCGCGUCCGAAGCAACGCCCCAAGACAAACUGGAUCUCGUCAAGAGACUACAAAAAGAUGGAAAAGCUAUUGCAAUGGUUGGUGAUGGAUUGAACGAUAGCUUGAGCUUAGCAGCAGCCGACGUUGGUAUCGCUCUUUAUCACGACGUCGCAACGCCAACAGUUGGUGCAACGGUUUUCAUCCUCAAUUCGCGGCUGGACUCAAUACCUUUGCUGCUCGAAAUCGCAGAACUAACCAUAAAGCAAAUCCGAUAUAAUUUGGCAUGGGUCUUUGGCUACAAUGCUCUUGCGUUGAGUAUGGCUUCUGGCCUUUUCUCUCCGUUUGGCAUUGUCUUAACACCGUGA